GGUACUGGAGUGUGGGGACCUGACUGUCAUUAAUGGUGCCUGCAAUCCAUAUGCUGUUGUCACUCUGUCGUAUGGCAAGACAAGGGCAAAGGAAGUCAAGAAGACUGCAGUCAGGAAGAAAACUAUCUGUCCUCAGUUUGAUGAAACUUUUUCCUUCUAUAUUGAUAGUAAAGGCCAGAAUCAGGAGAGGAACCUGUAUGCAUUUGAAGAUUUUAUGGCUGGCGAGUUGAGUGUUUCUUUAUUUCAUGAUGACUCCAAAGUGUCACGUGAAGUCCUAGGAAAUAUAUUCAAAGGUGCUUUUCUCGGUGAAGUUAAGAUCCCAAUACAUGACUUGGAUAUUUCUCGACCUCACAAGGCAUG